AGACAGUGACGGACAAAGACCCAGGGGGAACCGAGAGGAAGGAAGAAGCAGCUAACGGCACAUCACCCCCAACCAGCACCAGCAUGGGCCCCUUCUCCACCAUCACCGUGAGCUUCCUCUUCUGUCUGGCAUUCUGGCAUCCAGAUCAAAUUGGAGCUAACCCAGUGUACAACGCCAUGUCCAACGCAGAUCUGACGGACUUCAAGAAUUUGCUGGAUCACUUGGAGGACAGGAUGCCUUUUGAAGAUGAAGCUGUGCCCCCUCAAGCACUAAGUGAGCAGAGUGAUGAAGCUGGGGCAGCUCUCAGCCCCCUUCCUGAGGUCCCUCCCUGGACAGGGGAGGUCAGUCCAGCCCAGAGAGAUGGGGGAGCCCUUGGGAGAAGCCCCUGGGAGGCCUCUGAGAGAUCUGCUCUCCUGAAAAGCAAGCUGAGGGCACUGCUCACUGCCCCUCGGAGCCUGCGGAGGUCCAGCUGCUUUGGGGGCAGGAUUGACAGGAUUGGAGCCCAGAGUGGUCUGGGCUGCAACAGCUUCCGGUACCGAAGAUAACAGCCAGGGAAGAAAGGCGGCCAGGUGCCCUCGGCCCACUGCAGGAACCCUCCUCCUCCUGCGUCUCUCAAGUCACUUUGUCUCAUCUCAUUGCAUCGAGUCGUUACUGCACCUUAUCUGAGCUGCAG